CAAAGAUUGAUGAACUGGAUACAAUUUUCUUUGAAAGGAAUCAUUUUCAUACAAUAUUGUAGUUACGUUUUGGAUAUUGCUGCUUUUAUGAUACCAAUCUUAACAGAAGAUUCUCUCGAAAUAAAAAUACGAUGCUUUGCUGCAUUUUCGAUGUCUGUAAUACAAAUGUAUUUCUUCUUCUAUUUUGCAAACGAAAUUCAAGUUGAGAGUACAUCCGUUUCUGAUGUAAUUUAUAAUGAAACCAAUUGGACGGAAGCAACACAAAAAGCUAGAGCAACUCUACUAUUAAUGAUGAUUAGAUCCCAACAAACAUUGUCGUUGAAUUCUGUAGCUAUUGGAAAAAUGUCUCUUGAAUCAUUUACAAAGAUAAUGAGAAUCUGCUACAGCACUUGCACAUUUUUCACAACAAUAUAUCGCGAUUGAGGAUAUUUUAUUCUACGAUUUUAUAGUUUUCUUU